AUGUCGCAGCAAGCCAUUCCAGAAGUUCUCCAGGCGUCAGUGAACGACGUCCGUCACUUGGCCAGCAUGAUCCGUGGCGUUGCAUUCGUCAACCGUGCAACUAUCUCCAUAUCCGAGGCGGGCAUCACCGUGACUGUUGAGGAAGCACGCUCACUUAUUGCAAAUGCAUACAUCCCUUACUCUCUAUUCUCGAAUUAUACAUUCAAUCCACCGUCUGGUGACGCGGCCUCCUCCCAAGGAUCUGAUUCUCAAUCACCGGCAGCGGUGUUCGAAGUCCAGCUUGACGUUCUGCUGGAAUGCCUGAAUAUAUUCGGCACGGCCGGUGGAAAUUUACUUGUCAAGGGUGGGGCCGGCGCAGAACAAAAACCUCGAGGGAAAGCCCAAGGCAGAGGAAAAGGAAAGGAAUGGGCCGACCUCAAUGCAAAUAGGCUGGAUAAUUACUUUACGUCAAGCAAGGCUACCGCAUUGAGGAUGAGUUACCAGGGGGAGGGAUAUCCGCUGACACUUCUUCUAGCGGAAGAUGCAAAUGGACCAAAGACGACCUGUGAAGUGACCACUCUAGAGCCAGAGCCUAAUCUGGAACUACCGUUUGACGAUGACGAAAAGCGACUUAUUAUGAAGUCUGUAUGGCUACGAGAGGCUCUUUCGGAGAUCGACCAGUCCUGCGAUACGCUAACCAUCAUAUGCAACCCACCGGGUGGCGGAAAGAAGCAGUCCCCACUCUGCAUACAUGCUGUUGGGGCAUUUGGUAGCACCGAGAUGGAUUACCCUAAUGAUCGUGAGGUACUCGAAUUAUUUGAAUGUGUGGAGCGAGUUUCGUUCAACUAUCGAUAUCGACAUAUUGCACGAGCUCUCCGGCCUCUUCAGAGCUCCCUGAAGGUUUCACUAAGAAUCGACGGGGACGGGUUAUUGAGUUUGCAAUUCAUGAUGCCAGCCAGCCAAGGUGCAUUGAUCGAGUUCAAGGCAUGUAGUAUAAUCAUCUCAGCCUCUGUCUAUGACUGA